UUUCAUUGUAUACCUAGGUAGAACCAAUAAAUAUUACCCACCUCCCUAACAAGUGUCUCGGUAUUGAGAAUGAUUGGUAAGAAAUUCACUCGUGGCGCACCAUGAUGGAGGGUGCCACUCGGAUAUUAAAGAUGAGGUUUGGUCUCGGAUCGUAGUACGUCUCUUAACGUACCUAGUACUUAAGAGACCUAGAAAAUCAAGUAGAGUGUCUAUAAACCGGGUACAUAAGUACUUAUAAUAAAUAAAAGGGGAAAUUAUAUACAAGAAAAGCCUAUUUCUAUUGAUCGAAUUAUAUAACCUGAUUAUGGCCAUGCUGUUCCGACGAGAGAGGAAAAGGCAGUAUCCAGCUGCCGAGGACUCAGGACCAACUCCAAAUGACGCACCCCUAGACAAGACAGAAGCACAACAGGAUAUGCCUCGGCCAAGCCAAAUAACACCUGACGAGGAGAAAGUCAGUUACCCCGAGGGUAUUCAACUUGUCAUGAUAAUGGUCUCAGUUUUCGUCUCUAUGUUUCUUGUUGCGCUGGAUCGCUUGAUCAUCUCUACAGCAAUACCUGUCAUUGCGGACGAAUUCCAUUCCCUACCCGAUAUUGGUUGGUAUGGUUCUGCUUACUUAUUGACCACUUGUGCUUUUCAACUUCUAUUCAGGAAAGUAUCUUCCUUUUCCCCCGUAAAAGGCAAUUUCCUAGCAACUAUUUUCCACACGUUUGGACAGGACGAGAUGGUCAAUGUAUAUCCAAGUUGGUGAAGCAGGAUAGGGGUAUCGUGCCCACGUAUGUUCACUCGACUCAAAAGCUAUAACUAAGAUGAACUUCGCUU